AAUCCGUUGUGAUGGUGAUCAUUCUGGGUUUCGACUUCACGGAAUAGCCUUGGCUAGCAUUACUUGUAAUUUUUCCCACAAUGGCUUCGGUAGACUAGGAUGUGAGUUUCAGUUGUAAAUGUAAAUGUAAUUCACAGUAUGGUUCAGUAUCUGUUAUCUGCUGAAUUACCUUAGAUAAUAUACGAGCCAAAGGGACCCAUGAGAAUGGCAGAAUCUCAGAUUUAUGUCCCUGAUGGACUUGUCACAAUGCUGGAGGGCUUGGCGAGAUCUGUGUUAAAGAAGAGGCCUGAAGACAUCCCAUUGUUUGCCCUGUAUUACUUUGCCAAACUGAAAGAAUUCCGGAAGGGACACCCUCAUUUCCACAUUAAGAAGCUCGUCAAAGAAUUCCAUAAUGGUGCAGCUGGAACUCUAUUUGUGGUUGGCCUCGAAGAGGAAUUGCAAAGGAUGGGAUAUCUUAAGCCGGCAUCAGUAAAAUCUGACCAUACAGCAGAAUCUGUAAGGAUUCCUUGUCAUGUAAAGAUCACAAUAAUUCCUGAUGAACUUUUGUCUCAGGAAAAUGUAAGUCAAGACAAAUGUGACAGAGGUGCUUUUCCAUAUGCCACUACACAGCCAGUGUACCAGGAAUCUUUGUCCACUGCAGUGUCUUGUACUGAAUCAGUACCUAAUACAAAUUAUGUACCGCUGCUGUCAUUAAGUACACACACCAAGCUGUCAACCUGUGUUGAUAACAGUGAUGUGACUACAGCAGUGGGUGGACCGCUGGCAGGAGGAGACAGUCUGACGAUUCAGAAAACAGCGGAGAGAGUUCUAAGUGAGGCUUCCACUGCUUCUGUUUACCAAAUGUCCAAGGAGGAAACAAUUGUAAAAACAACACCUUGUUAUCCAUGUAAUGUGCCAAGAGCCGAAGUAACAAAGACAAGGCUUGCACAGCCCAAAGCAACCACAGCCACAGAGGUGUCUGUCUGUUCAGUACGAUGCCAGACUUCGGUGGUUCCCCAGAAUAAACAGCAACCCACCACUGGGAUUGCUGGCGGUCAGGGUACACAGGACUCACCAUCUUAUGAAGCAUCACAGGUGAUUCAUGACACCUCAUUAACAGCCAGACAAGAAAACCCUGUUGUGAGUCUACUGCCGGAGACUGCCCAGACUGAGUGUGCGGUUCAGCCCAGUAAUACAAGAGAGCAACUUUCAUCAAGCAUGUGGGGCGGUGGGGGUGCUUGCAAUCAUCCAGCUCAUCCUUUGACUCAGUAUCCCUGUAGCCCUUGGAAUUCUUGGAACCCCAGCUUCUGUGACAGAUGUGUUUACCCUUCAUAUAACCAGCCAUUGUAUUAUCCAUACUACCUCUACCAUCCUGCAUAUGGCCAGAUAUUGUACUAUUCCCCAUACUACCCCUACCAUCGUGAACAGGCCUGUUGCAGCUAUAGCUCAUACAGGUGUGAUAGCAGUGCUCAGAAACCCGAUCAAAGGAAUUUCUACGCUCUCAGGGGGUUCUCCCCACCCAUGCCAUUUUACCAGCCCUUCCCAAUGCCCUCAAACCACUGUACAUGCAGGCACCACCUCCCAGGAGUCCGAAUGCCUGUGCCCUCUUGUUUGUCAAUGAAACCCCAUCAAACCACACAGAUGGAAGCCACACAUUUCAAACAGACAUCAACCAGGAUGUCACCAACUAGGCAAGUUCAACCUGUGAAUGGUCAUCCAAGCAUGCAUCCACCACAUAGAUACAUACCACCAUUUGCUCUCAUGGGACGGCAUCCUCUUGCAGCCACGCCUCAGCACUUCCAGAGCCCUGCUUACCCUGCUGUGCCCUUGCCUGGGGAAGAGAUGGAUAAUGCUGAUCAGAAUGCAGCAAGACAGAGUCCAUACACUGCCCCGCUCCACAGGGGUGACUCCCACUGUCAUAUUGAUUCAAACAAUAACUGAUGUUAUUUUUAUGUCCUAAAAUGGGAAAAUGCAUGACAGAAGACACAUACAUUUUUGCAUGAUAAAAACAACUUUA